GUAAAUAAAACUCUUUAUAAAGAGUUUAAAUAAUAUUUUAGAGGUGAUAAAUUGGACAGAUCGGGGGAAAAGGCGGUAUCCCACACGGGUAAUCUCCCCCAUUCCCUAUCAUGCAGUAGGUUUCGCUUCCCAAUCCGCUAUUUUUAAAAAGACCCGACAGAGCCUUCAAUCAUGCAGAGACGGGCAGCAUGAAGGUCUCGUCAAUGAUUUUGCUGGAAAGGGGAGAAAUUGUACUUUACAAUGGUAUUCAUAUUACAGUUGACCUGGAACUAUUACGUUUUUUGGGUGCUAAAAUAAGGUAACUUGUAUGUUACAGCGCGAUGUACAGAAGUGAGUUAGCUAACAAGAAGUUGCUUCAUCUUCACUGGCUGCUAUAUAUUUGAUCCUUAUGCCAUACUGCUACGAAUAGCUUUUGUCCCCAUAUGUAUGCUUUGUUUCCAUGUCCCUUUCCUUGUAUUGGGUCUUUUCUGUGCCAUUCGCAGGUAGUGGACCACUAUGAGAACCCAAUAAAUGUGGGUUCCUUAGACAAGAACGCCAAGAAUGUGGGGACUGGCUUGGUGGGUGCACCUGGGGACGUUAUGAAACUCCAGAUCCAAGUGGAUGAAAAGGGAAAGAUAGUGGAUGCUAGAUUCAAGACCUUUGGCUGUGGCUCAGCCAUUGCUUCCAGUUCUCUAGUAACAGAGUGGGUAAAGUGCAAAUCUAUUGACGAAGCUCUUAAGAUCAAGAUCUGCCUUCCACCAGUCAAGCUUCAUUGCUCUAUGCUUGCAGAGGAUGCUAUAAAGGCAGCCUUGGCAGACUACAGGGUCAAACAGAAGGAAACGAGGUGGUAGCUAAACUCAAUCAG